AUGUCCGGCAGCACAUCCCGUGUGAACAAUGGCAGGGGCUCUUGGCAGACCACGCCUCCCCUCUCUUCUCAAGAAGAGCAAGAUCUCAUACUCGAAGCCCGUGCUGUACGAGAGGAAAAGCUCGAGCUUCUUGCAAGACUCAUCCACAACAUGUCCGUCGAACUGACCGAUGGAGAUAUCUCCCAUAUGUACUAUCAAGUCGAGGUUAGUUCAUACCUCUUACCAGCCUCGAACUUCAUCGGCAACGAAAACGCCUCCGAAGCCGAAAUCAUGGUCAAUCUCGCCAGGCAAUCUGCAAAUCUAUCUAAGAACCCGCUCCUCGUUGCCAAGUGUGAGUUUUGGAUGGGACGGGUUGAGUUUCUGCGCGGAAAUAUGAGCAAAGCUCACAAACACUUCGUGAAAGCAAAUGCUUGCGCCAUGGAUCCGAACGAGGGCGUCGAAUGCCAGGACCUGAGCUUUUAUCUGGAUAUCACCAGGCAUGGAAUUAGUGAUAAUACUCGGUUUGCAAGACUGCGUGCUCAUGAGGCGGCUAUCGCAGCACAUGCUAAAUUUGAAAAGUCUGCGAACAACUCUGUCUCGACCGAAGAUAAACGCAAGCGACCAUUGAGGACUUGGAAGGGGGCUCUCCUCAAACUGCAGUUACCUUUGGUCAAGCAACGUCCGCUUACUAAAAUCAGAAAGCCCCGAUCUAAGGUGCCGAUUCAAAAAAAGGUGGACAAGGAGCAUAUUCAGCAAGGGGUGGAUAACCAGAUGAGCUCGAAAAAUGAGGUUCUUGGGAAGGUCCUUGCAGAGGAGCUUGGAUACGAGUCUUGGAGUGAUUCUGGAGAGGACACCGAUACCGAUACUGAGGAUGAAUAUGAUGAUGAUGACGACGACCCCAGUGGAGGCCCUGCAGAUGUUGCAGAUGGCAAAACACAUAAGAACGCAGAUGAAAAGGCAAACUCUCCAGGCACCCCUGGCAGCCCCCAAAAACCAGAGCUCCCCACUAACCCGACCACAGCUCCAGUCAAAGUUCCGAGUGGACAAUCUGCGUACGAAAUGCCCAAGCCGGGAUCAGCCCGGGACCGGUUCAGACAAGAAUGUUUCCAGAUGGGCCUCACAUCAGUAGUCAACGCAGAACCCUACGAGCGUCCGAAAGAAGCAUUCGUAUUUGGAGCCCCCUAUGAAUUGACAAAGCAGACUCAAUUCCGACUCGGUUUUUUCAAGGUCGGCCUAGCAAAACGCAGCCGCCCAAUGACCAUUUUCCCGAAACAGAAUGGCGAAAUCACUAUUUCCCCUGAGGAAUGGGCAUCGAUUGAAGAGCAGGCUCGUAAUAAGAUCGUCACUUAUGAAUACCUGCGAAGAGAAAGAGAUGAGUUGGUCAAGGUUGCUAGGGAGAUUGGCCUAACAGUUUCCUGGUCUAGCGGUUAUGAUUUUCCGUUAACAAAUGCGAUUAGCAGAUGUUCCGGAAAGGUUCUGGGUUCGAUUCCCAGGGAAACUAUUUUUUUU